CAAAAUUACUCCCAUGGCAAAGUUCGUAGCUUUAACGAUGGCAUACACAACAGUUGUUAUUGCAUGCAUGUUGAUGGCUAAUUCUCAUCAUCAUGUUGAUGCAUCAAUAACGUGUGCGGAGAUCACAACCUUACUCACACCAUGCAUCCCCUACGCGAUCACUGGAGGGAACGUACCGACCGUUUGCUGUGAGGGCUUAAAAAUAACCGAUGCUGCUUCCAACACCGUAGAAGAAGAAAGAGUCGAAUGUAGUUGCAUCCAGAAUGGUCUUGCACCCAUCUCAGGAAUCAACUACGAUUUCGUUGCCGCCCUUCCCGACAAAUGCAACCAUACUGCUCCCUACAUAGUUACACCCACUACCGACUGUUCCAAGGUGCCGUAAGUCGCCUUUUUCUAAUAAAAUAUGGAUAUGAAAAUAAAGCUCCAGUGAAGCUAGCUAGCGUCGACCGUCCG